UUUUUUUGUGUAAAAGGAAACAAAAUUGAACAAAAAAAAUGCACUCCGUCUCGACGCGAUUUUGUUCAACAAUAAAUUGACUUAAUUUAAACACAUAAGUCCACAAGUGUUGUACACAAGUGAAAAACACAUAUAAUUGAAAAAUAAAGGAUUUCCUUUUUUCGAAAAAAAAAACAGAAAAAAAUGGAUACAAUUGGUGGAGGUACUCACUCCUUGCUAGACACUAUGUGCAAUCUAAGCACCAGCACCUUGGCUGAGUGCAUUUAUCGUAGCACAACAACCACCACCACCACUAUUCCAAGCAGUUCUACUAGCACCACAACGAUUGCCACCCCCUUCUCAUCAUCGUCGUCGUCGUCGUCUGCCUUCUCUUCAUCGUCGUCCUCGUCGUCAAGUUCCAGCUCUGAUCCAUUGAUUGACAUAAACGAUUUCAAUGGCCUAGAUUACUCGGCUGUGGCGCUGGCGGUGGACAAUUUUAGCUACAGUGUAUUACAACUAGCUCCCGGAGCGGUCAAUCGGAGUUCAUCUAAUUUAAGCAAUUUAAGCAGCAGCUGCACUAGUCACGCUGCUGCAAAAUUAGCUACCACAAUUAUGGAUACAACUAGUAAUCAAUCAUCAUCUGUCGCGUCCUCAUUUUUAUCAUCGUCCUUAUCUUCGUCCAUUUCGCCAUUGUCGUCGUCCUCUGGUUCGUCGUCGUCGUCGUCGGGUGAGGAUGUUUAUGAGAUGUGCCUCACCGAUGCGGACUAUCUUUAUCGGCACUCCUCCAUUAUGACCCUGGUUUAUUGCAUUGCUUACAUAAUCGUAUUCAUUGUUGGAUUGGUCGGGAAUAGUUUUGUGAUAGCUGUUGUCCUUCGGGCACCACGAAUGCGAACAGUUACAAAUUAUUUUAUUGUUAAUUUGGCUAUAGCUGAUAUAUUGGUGAUUGUAUUUUGUUUGCCAGCAACUUUAAUGAGCAACAUAUUUGUCCCUUGGGUCCUUGGUUGGCUAAUGUGCAAGACCGUUACAUAUGUUCAAGGAGUCUCAGUAGCGGCAUCAGUUUACAGCUUAAUAGCUGUAUCAUUAGACAGAUUUAUUGCUAUUUGGUGGCCACUUAAACAAAUGACCAAAAGUCGUGCCCGUUUUAUGAUAUUUUGCAUUUGGGUCAUUGCAUUAGGAUCGACAAUUCCAUGGAUUUUAUUCUUUGAUUUGGUGCCAGCUUCAGAUGCCUUUCCAAUGGCACCCGAUAUGUUUUUGUGCCAAGAGGUUUGGCCACCCGGCACCGAUGGCAAUUUGUACUUUCUACUUGCCCAACUUGUGGCAUGUUAUUUGCUGCCGAUGGCAUUGAUAACAUUGUGUUAUGUCUUGAUAUGGAUUAAAGUUUCAACACGUUCAAUUCCGGGCGAUUCCAAUGAUGCCCAAAUGGAACAGAUGCAACAAAAGUCGAAAGUUAAAGUAAUCAAGAUGCUCGUAGCUGUUGUCAUAUUGUUUGUUCUCUCUUGGCUACCGCUGUAUGUGAUAUUUGCUCGUAUUAAAUUUGGUGGCGAGAUAACACAGCGAGAGGGAGAAAUUCUUAAUACCGUAACACCGAUAGCACAAUGGUUGGGAUCAUCAAACUCCUGCAUCAAUCCGAUUUUAUAUGCGUUUUUCAAUAAGAAGUACCGACGUGGUUUUGCGGCAAUCAUUAAAUCACGUUCUUGCUGUGGACGUUUACGCUACUAUGAUAAUGUAUUGCUCGUUUCGUCAUCAGCCAGCACUCGCAAGUCAUCUCAAUAUCAACAAAAUUCAAAAAAGAGUCCUGGCAGUCCUAUCCGUAAGCCGAAUGUUGUAUCGUACAUUUACGAGCAAAAUGCAUUGCGAAGACAUAAUUUGAUUAUUAAACAGGAUAGUAAUUUAUCACAGCAAAUGCUAUUGAAACAGGACUCACAUGGAUCACGUCAAAUGCUUAUUAAACAAGAGAGUGCGUCCAGUGACGGAUCGAGAAGAAUGCUUUGCAAACAGGAUAGUAAUGGGUCAAAGAUGUCAUUGACAAAACAGGAUUCGGUUAUAUCGUAUAUUGAAACAAAACGUGGAUUCAUCUCUCAACAAGAACGUAAUGAUUCAUUUUCGACACAGGAUACCAUUUCGAUUGAUUCACGACGUGGUACUUUGUGCAAACAAGAUACUCAAUACUCAUACAUUGAACAUCGUAAAAAUUGUCUAAACAAUCAGGAUAGCAAUAUUUCACCAUUAGAACUUAAGAGGCAGAAACUACAGAAACAAGAUUCCGUCAUAUCAUUCGCCGAUCAAAGGCCAGAACCAAGAAGACAUCAAUUAGUUAAGCAAGAUUCAGUUAUAUCAUUUGCCGACCAACGUCGAGGAUUCUUACAGAAACAGGAUUCCAUCAUUGGAUGCCAGAGUCGUAAUGAAGGAGCUGCUGUUGGUCAUCAUGUAUCGAUUCUCAAGAAAACUGAUUCCCAGUCCAGCAAUGGCAAUUCACCCCGUAGAAAUAUUGAAUUCUCUGAGUGAAGGAUCUCUUCUAAAUACAGAAACCUUGACUAAGCGCCCAAUGGUCGGUCGGUCCCACAAAUAUAUUAAAAAUCCACUCUCUUCUUCAAAUGAUGUUGAUGAUGAUGAUGAUGAUGAAAGUGAUGGGUGAUGGAGAUGGUGGAGAAUUUGAUACAAUCCAAUAUUUGCUGCUACCGUUUACAAAAAACAAGAACAAAAAAAUAACAACAACAACAAAAAAAACUACUAUAGUCGGCUCAGGGAAAACGUUCGGUAAGGAAGCGUUUGGUUAUUUUAAACUAAGAAACAACAAAAAAAAAUAAUGAAAAAAAAAGUAAAAAAAAAAAGUAAAACAAACAAAUUGUGAUUUUGUCCAAGAUACUUGUGAGGUCUAGAGAAAUGUACCUAAUUGUAAUUUUGUAGAAGUUUGUAAAAUGAAAUAAAAAAUAGAAAAAAAAACAUAUACAAAAAUGAAAAAAUCAAAUGAAAUGACAUUGGAGAAGGCAGCAAAUAAUUUUGUUGAGAUAGUUGAGGAACAGAAAAGAGCAUACAUUCAAUAUAAUAUUCUGUACAUGGCUUGGGUUAGAAAGCAAAAUAAAAUAAAAAUUACUUGUAGUUCCAUUUUA